AUGAAAUUAUGUAAAGAAGCAAAUCCAUUAAUGGAUGAUGCCAGUAAACUACAAUUUUUGAAGGAUGGUCUAAAGCCUUCAUUACGUUUUGAUGUAUCAUUAAAAAAUCCACAAACUACAUUAGAAUUUUUAGACUAUGCACAAAAGAUUGAAGAAUUGAGAUCGCUGGAAGACAAACAAGAUGCACUAGCAUGUUUCGAUAAACAAAAGUCUAUCAUUUCAUCAACAGUUAACCUAGUCAAUACAAAUAAUGAACCGCAGCAAAUUUAUCAAUCAUUUAUACCUCGGAAACCAAAUUAUAAUAAUGCUCAUUACAAAUCAAGUUAUAACAACGUCAAUUCGAAACGAAUACCCAACAAUGCAACAACAACUCGAGUUUCAUAUGAUAAUAAAAUACCAAAACCACCAUAUCAAUGUUAUAACUGUGGUGCAAAUGAUGAUUAUAUUCAUAAUUAUCCACAUUUUCAAUAG